GCCUGAUUAGAUAUUAAGAUAUCAAUUGCUUGUCCACGGGGUAUCGUGUGAACAGAUAAUUCCGUGCCCAGUUCUCCUCUUCCUGUGAAUAAAGAUGGGUAUUAUAUUAGAUCGUCUCUUCCCUGGGGCAGGCAACGAUGAAAAUGAGACGGUUCAGCUGGAGAGUGGGCAUACCCUCGAACCUUUAACAAAAGAAGAAAUGGAGAGACAGAACAGAGAUUGGAAGGGUUACCCUUAUGGCCUGGUCAGGGUGACCCCAGGGAGAUGGGUCUUUCCCAAAAACUAUAAAUACUUCGCCGAUAGAAUCUACAAGUAUCAGCCUCGCAAAACCGACGUCUUCGUGAUGACUUUCCCGAAAUGUGGCACGACGUGGACCCAGGAAAUCGUCUGGACGAUGAGGAAUAAUCCUGACCUGAACCAUCCUCAAGCCCUUGAAUUUGUCCUCGCUAGAUCUCCAUUUCUGGACAUGGACAUGUUACUUCACAAGCCGGAGGGGCUGCCCCCCUUGAACGACCCCUUACUGAAGGCCUUCCUGAAACUGUGCCCUUUCAAGAACCCCUUCAACGGACUGAUGCUUCAGAUGUCUGAAGCCAUCCCUGACCCCCGGACCAUCAAGACGCACCUCCCCUUCUCCCUCCUAAAUCCUUCAUUGCUGGACACAUCGAAGGUGGUCUACGUAGCCAGAAACCCCAAAGAUGUCAUUGUAUCUUAUCACCAUCAUUGUCGAAUCAACAAAGUGCACGACUUCGUUGGGUCCUUUGAGGAGUUCGUCCAGUACUUCGUUGAGGAUGACUUGGUAUACGGAGCCUACUGGCUUCACGUGAAGGAGGCCUGGGAGAAGAGGGAUCACCCAAAUCUUCACAUUGUUUUCUUCGAGGAUUUAAAGGCCAAACCUGUGGAAGAGCUGAGAAAACUCAACACCUUCCUCGAGACCAAUCUAUCGGAGGCGCAGCUGGAGGGGAUCGCUAAGUAUACUAGCUUUACUGAGAUGAAGGCUCGAGCUUUAGCAAGUGGUUUCAAUGAAGAGAAUUUCGACUUUUUCAAUAAAGACGUCGUUCGGAAAGAUGGAGGAUUCUUUAGAAAAGGUGAAUCUGGAGACUGGAAGGGCAAAUUCACACCAGAGUUAGAAGACAAAGUCAACAAAUGGACCCAAGAAAACAUGACCAGUUUUGGCAUCGACUUCAAAUACGGCGUUUGAAAUAACUGUACUGAUAAACUAGGCCACUUAAAAGUUCCAGAAUUUU